CUAUGAAUCGUACACAACAACACAAUGGCUGGAUCAGUUGCAGGUCAGAUAGAGACUUCACUUUUAUCAUGUUCAAUAUGCAUGGAACAUUUUAAGAAACCAAAGGCGCUUCCUUGUUUACACACUUUCUGCGAGGACUGUUUGAGAGACUACAUCGUUAGCAGAUUCGAGUCCGUGGGCAGCUUCCCAUGUCCAAUUUGCAGACAGCUUGUAUACAUCCCUCCUAAUGGAGUAUAUGGGUUUCCUGACAAUCACUUUAUCAUCAGUUUACAAGACACUGUGCAACACUCUAGUGAAUUUGUAGAAUCAGGAAGUUUUGACAGCAACCACCUCCAGAAAAGUGAACACGUAUCUGUACCUUUAAUACAACCUGACAAAUACUCUGUAAGAUUUACCAAACCCAAAUCUACAAGACUUCUUAGAACGUUUGGCCAUUUUGGUUUAGACCAAGAUGGCUUGGUUCAUGUAUCGGGAAUGGCAUUCUCUCCCCUAACUGGAGAAAUCUUGGUCGCUGAUUGUAGUCUUAACAAAGUUUUAAUGUACUCCAAAUCCGGGGAUUACCAUGGAGGGUUUGUCUGUGAUUGCUCAAUCCGGGAUAUUGCAGUCACUGCUCAAGGGUCCAUUUUGCUGACGGUUAGCCGUGCAGGUUCAGCCAUCAUGAGAGAAUAUGGACACGAGGGCAAUGUUAUUGCCUCCCAUGGUUCUUUCUAUAAGUUUGAAAACCCUUUUGGAAUCUGUAUCUCGAGAAUGGGAAAAGUAAUUAUUUCAAGUUUACAACACAGCAACAUUCACAUCUUCACCGAGCGGAAAAAACCGUCGACUAAGUUCGGCUCUAGAGGGAGUGGUCCAAACCAUUUUAUGGUGCCAUAUUAUGUUGCUGUCAAUAGUCGCGACGACAUUGUGGUUUCUGACAGUGGAAACCAUCGAGUGAAAAUUCACAAGAACGAUGGUACCAUUCUUCAUAUUUUCGGCAAACAAGGCUCUCAAAACGGUGAAUUCUUUUACCCACAAGGUGUAUUUGUUGAUAAAUACGAUAACAUUUAUGUUGCUGAUGCGAACAACUUUCGAGUUCAAGUUUUCUCACCGGAAGGAGAAUACCUUUCAACACCUGUGGAAAACACUUACGAGUUCGGCGUUGACGUCAAACCAACUAACGUCAUAAUUGUAGAGAACUCCCUGGUUGUAGCCUUACGAGGGACUCGGGUUUCCCUUCUACAAAUUUACGACUGGAGCAACUCGGAUUUCGCUAUGAUAGCGAAAAAGAAGAAGCAGACUUCAACAAAUCUGCUAGGAUCUUGCUGUCCAUGUUUAUCAUCCCAAAAAAUAAACUACGAUGAAAUAUGAAUACACUGUAUUUGCCAUUUUCUCUGGUGUUUAUCUUCAGUGUUAUUGUUUUGUUCCGUGUCAUUUGAUUGUUCGUUCUUGUUUUGUUUAUUUUAUCUAGUCAUGUUUAA